GGGCGAGGCUCUCGGGUGCCCUUCGGGAAGGCUUCUUGGAUGGCCUCGAGGGAAAGGCCGUUUGCAGCUUCCCCCGGGACGGCCGGGUGCGGCGGGAGAGCAGCUUCCCCCAGAGAGGCCCGGAGAAGGAAGCGGAGGGCCCGGCUGUGCCAGCUCCCCUCCUGAGCCAGCGAGGCUGAGCAACCCUCCCGCCCGUGUCCGCCUCCUUCCGGGCCCCUUCCUUGCCCACCGCCUGAGAGAGAGCCAUGGCGGCAUGGGCGCCCUGUGGCCCCAGCUGCAGCCUGCCUCAGCCUCCCCGCUACUGUUACCUGGACCUUGCCUUUUCCUUCAUGGGCACCGUCGCCUUCCUGGCAGACCUGGGCAUCGAUGUCUGGGUGGCUGCCAGCUAUUUGAAGGCCAGUGACUACUACUGGGGUGGACUGGUUUUGGGGCUGUUGGUCCUGUCAUCGCUGACAACCCAGUUCUUCAGCUGGGCCUGGUACCAGAGUGAUCCCCCAGAUCUAAGGCAAGAGCUGCCGACGGGUUGGACUCUUAUCACAUUGCAUGUCCUGCAGCUUGGCUACCUCUACAGAUGUCUUCAUGCCCUGAAGGUGGGUUUCCACGUGUGUCGCAAGGAAGUGGCGACAGAGACGCAACGGGCCUACGCUGUUUUCCUCUCCCACGACAUCAGUUUGUUGCGUCUUUUUGAGACCUUUCUGGAAAGUGCCCCUCAACUCACAUUGGUGCUGUAUAUCAUCCUAAACACAAGUAAAGCAGAAAUAUUCCAAAUACUUGGAAUUUGCACCUCUUUCCUAUGCAUUGCCUGGGGGCUCUUGGAUUAUCACCAGUCCCUGCGUAGUUUCCUAAGGGACAAGGACAAGCUAGGUUUCCUGUCCUCCGUGCUCUACUUCCUGUGGAACUUCCUGUUGGUGUGCCCCCGCAUCCUCUCCCUGGCCCUCUUCACAGUAGUCUUCCCAAGAUUCAUUGCUUUCCACUUCCUAGCUGUUUGGUCAGUCAUGUUUCUUUGGGUCACAUGGCAAAGCACUCACUUCAUGGAACGUGACACUUUUGAAUGGACUUACCGGGCCAUGGUUGCUGUCAUCCUCUACUUCUGCUGGUUUAAUGUGGCUGAGGGGAAGACACGGCACCGAUCUGUCAUUUACCACACAUUCAUUUUGUUGGACAAUCUCAUUCUUGCUGUCUGGUGGAUCUGGGACAACACUCCACUGAGCAUGGACUCACAUCUGGUGCAUCUUCUUCUUGGCUCCCUGUUCUUCUACAUGCUGGGCAUCCUGUUGAGAGCCAUUUAUUACAGAUAUUUCCACCCUACUGUGCAAGCUGCUUCCUCAGGCAGCUAUGAUGAAGUGGACAGCCAAGAAAUAAGGAAUGAAAGGCCUACCGCUUUCCGGGAACUGGUGAUAGUGGGACAAAUCAACCCUCGGACAUAUAGGCUGUCUCAAAACUUCUUUGCUGUCAGUUUACGGAGGAGGCAGCCUCAAAAAAAUGGGACUCUUGGAGAUAUAAAUCUAUGAGCCUUUGGAUAUCCCAUGUGGACCAGCCUUCUGGUACUAGCCAACACAUAGAAGAAAUCCUCUGCUGCUCAGUCACAUCAUCUGUAUGCUAAAUCUGCCUUGGGAGUUAGUGGUGUAAAAUCAAGCAGAUAAAGCCAUAGUGAGAUCUGGGGUAGUCUAGGUACUGAUUCCCAACCUUGGGCCCCCAUUUCUUAGACUAAAACUCCCCAAAGCCUUCAGCACUAUAGCUGUGCUGGCCAAGA